UCGUCGCAACUUCUAUGUUGCUUGUUUUGUGCCACUUUUGUCCAACAAUUCUCUUCACUGAUAUUUUGUCAAAUUUCGCGGGAUUUCUUAAAUUUCGCGACCGAUCAAUGGUCAAUUUCGCGGAAUUCGCGGCUUCCGCGAAUUCGCAAAUUUCCAUUGUCCCAGUUUUCUCAAUUGAGAGUGUUCUUGGUGAUUAAAUUUAUAAGACGAUCCGCAGAUGAAAACAAAUCUAAGUUUAACCUUUGUCACCUUUUACUGUAAGCACAGCUUGCCGACGCACUGCAAUUGAGGUAAACAUUUGUCUUUGAGAGCCUUAAUGAUUUUUUUAAUUUCACAUUUGCUUUGUGUCAUAAGCGUGAUGUUACACCGUACGGUAUUUCUUCUGCUUAUCAAAAAAUAAAUGAAAAUAAAUUCGGGCGCGAUUAAGGCUUCCGCUGGCAUCAGUUUCAUACAUAUAUGUUUCAAACAUAUGUAGUGGUUUUUGCAUACGGAAGAAGUUGCAUGAGGGGUUACGUAAAAAUUACGUAUAUAUAUGUGUGUAUAUGUCAUAAUUUUACCAAAUUCAAAAUAAAUAAUACAAAAAGUGUUGCAAUUGCGGAAGGGAGAGAGGUGGUCCACUUUUUGAAUCCUGUGUUUAGAAAUGUUUAAGUUCGUGAUUUUCUGAAAGUCCUCACUAAAAGAUUAAGCCCCUAAAAACGAAAUGUUGUUGAAAAGAGGAAAGAUAUAUCUAUAGAGCUACUAUUUGAAGUUAUCAAACUUUGGCGGGCCAUAUUGAAUUCGGUCGCCAUCUUGAACGUUCAGAGGAAACUAGGAGGAGGAGACAAAAUGUAAAUAGUGUGCCGGUUUCAGCGAGAAUUACUCAUGUACAAAUUUUUCAUUACAUAUUUCAUGUAUCACCCUUGAGCAAGCCACUCAACAUAGAGCUACAUUUAAGAUUGGUUAGGGAGGGACAGUGUAGUCUAGAUUCAACCGUUCGAGCAACUAGAGCCAAGCAGCAAAUAUUGUUAGUUUAUAGUGUGUCUUCAUCGCUUUGACUACUAAUCCUCCAAGAUGAUUUCAAAUAAACAUUUUCGUGUCAUGGGCAUCAUUUAUACCGGUCUGAUUAUGACUGGAUCAUUCUUAUUAGCAAUUAAUUCAAGCAUCACACUGAAAUCAACUAAUGUUAUUGAAGGUGAAACAAUCAGUGGCCUCAGCAUUACGAUGCUCAUUGUAUCUCUAGUUUUAUUGAUUUUCCAUGCUCUUCUUAUGUUCGCAAUAUUAAAGCAUCGAGUGGAAUUUAUUAAAUUCUAUCUACACCUCAUCUUAAUUUGCUACGUGCUGCAGAUUGUUAAUCUAUUGUUCGGUUGCAUCGGAGGUGGUAUCGACAUAAGAAACAGCGGCAAAACGGCUUAUGACAUCAGUACAGCGGCAAUGGUUAUGACAAUGUCGUACUUUUCUUAUAUAUCAAUUGCAACUAUUCAAUAUACUUUGAUUGUUUGGAUACUCAAAGGUGUAAUUAGCACUAGUUCGAAUGGCAGCAUGCGUUUGGUGACGUCUGGGGAUGCAGCUUAAAUGGCCUAAGUUAAGAGUGGGGUAUUAAACAUACCUAUAUCGAAAAUACAGUAGGGGCUAGUGUUCUCACAGCUAAUAACAAGAUGUUUUAACAUUCAAAAAUAAAUCGAAAAGCAAAAAUUAAAAACUUGCUCGACAAGGCAUAUUUCUACGAGCACCUUAUCUUUUGAAUCUUCUACCAUAUAAAAAACUCUAGAUCAUACCGAAGACUUCCAUCGAUUGGCCGGGAAAAAGCACUUUUCUCAUCCUAUCAUUCUGCUUCAAUUA